AUGAUAAGAUUGCAAUGGCGUGAUGGUGAUGUGAAGGUUAUAAAGCAGGUUGUAGUACCUUUCUCUAUUGGUAAGUCCUACAAAGAUGAGGUUAUUUGUGAUGUGGUUCCUAUGAAAGCCAACCAUCUUCUUUUGGAAAGGCCUUGGCAGUACGAUCGGAGGGCUAUUCAUGACGGCUUCAAAAAUACCUAUUCAUUUGUCAAGAAUGGAAAGAACAUAGUGUUGGCACCACUUAGCCCGCAACAGGUCCAGAAGGAUCAGCUUGUGAUCAAAAAGGGCAGGAAAGAGAACCUGUUUGCCAACAAAAGGGAAGUGAAACAAGUUUUGACUAAUCAUGAAAUUAUUUUUGUUCUUGUAGCUAAGCAGGUUCCAGGUGAAGAAGUCUCCCUUCCACCACAAAUGAAAGAGAUUUUGGACAAAUUUAUAGAUGUGUUUCCGAAAGAGUUACCAAAAGGAUUGCCACCAAUCAGAGGGAUCGAGCAUCAGAUUGAUCUCAUUCCAAG